ACUAGGUAUACGACUGUCAUCGCUAUAGCGCUACACGUGUGUUUUGUUUUGAUGGUCUUUUAGUUUUCGAUUUGUUUUUAGCUAUUUCCAUGGACUUUGCCAAGAAGAUACUGGGAAAGUAUGGUUGGAAAGAGGGCGAUGGCCUGGGCAAGAACAACACCGGAAUUGCAGCUCCCUUAAAAGCCAGCUUGAAGUUCGAUAAUGCGGGAUUGGGAGUCGAUCGUGCCCAGGAAUUUAAUGACCACUGGUGGGAACGCUGUUUCAAUGAGGCCGCCAAUAAUGUGGAUGUAAAAAUUCAGCAGGAUGGACAGGUCUCGACAUCCCGGAAACAUGGAGAGGAUGCGGUGGAGAUCUCCACCAGCGGAUUCUCAGCCCGAAAACUGAAAAAAGCCAAGGAACAGCAUGCCAGCGAUGGAAAAUCCACCUACGACAACUUCUUGCAAACCUCUUUGCUCACCCAAAACGGCGGCGAGGUGGUGACGUCUGAACGCAUCAAGGUGGAGGACAUCGAGGUCACAAAGGUGACGGUGCUCACGGAUGAGGAACUUUUCAAGGCCUGUGGCGGAAGGACGGCGCACAAGGGCGCCCGCCACGGCCUUAAAUUAAGCGGAAAGAUAGCCCGACUGGAGCAGCAGGAGCGCGAAAUGCUGGAGAAGCUUCAAUGCAAACCUAAGAGUGCUCAAGGGACAGUUAAUGUCAAGAAAAAUGGGGAGUCAGCUAAAGAGUCGCCUGUGGGAGGUCAAACACUGAUGGAGCAAUCAGUAGAUGACAAACUAAAGAAGAUGAAGAAGGCCCGAAAAGAUGAGUCUUUCGAAGAGCCAGCUGUUGACCAACUAGAGAAGCCCUUGAAAACCAAAAAGAAAAAGAAAUACAAAGCAGAGACGUUAGAAGAUGAAACCUCAGGAGAUCGAACACAAGAAGUUACAGAAGACCAAUUGGAGGAACCUCUAAAGAUGAAAAGUAAGAAAAAUAACAAAGCUGAGCAUUCUCCCCGGGAAUCUGAAGAGUCAACCCAAUAUCAAGAAGCCGAAGAACCCUUGAAGACCAAGAAGAAGCGAAAAACAGAGGAUAACGCCGAGGAACCGGAAGCCCAAAUUAAAAGCAAAAAGAAGAAGAAAAAGAAUAGGGAGAAAGAUCAAUAGUUAUAGUCUUUAGAAAGUUGUAAUUGAACACUAAAUUAUAAUUUAUUAAAAAAAAAAAACU